AUGCCAAGAUUACAGCAGUAUGAUUACAUCUUCGCCAUUGGUACAUUGUUUGCUAUGCUUGACGCAUACAACAAUGGUGCAAACGAUGUAGCGAACUCAUGGGCCACCUCUGUAUCCUCCCGUUCCGUCUCAUACCGACAAGCAAUGAUUCUCGGUACGAUUUUCGAAAUGGUCGGUGCUAUCGCUGUCGGUGCCAGAACUGCGGAUACCAUCAAAAAUGGUAUCAUCCCCAACUCCGCUUUCAGAGGUGAUGCCGGUGUACAAUUACUAGCCUUCACCUGUGCGCUCGCCGCCGCCUCAUCAUGGGUCAUGUGGUGCACACGACACUCCGCCCACGUCUCUUCCACCUACUCUCUCGUGUCUGCCGUUGCUGGUGUUGGCGUUGCCACCGUCGGUGCAUCUAAAGUACAAUGGGGUUGGAAUGGCGGUAAAGGUUUAGGAGCAAUCUUCGCUGGUCUCGGUAUGGCUCCUGCUAUUUCAGCCGCAUUCGGUGCCAUCAUCUUCAUGCUUAUCAAACUGGUCGUACACGUCCGACGAAAUCCCGUCCGAUGGGCUGUAUGGAGUUCACCAUUCUUCUUCCUCGUCGCCGCUACCAUCUGUACCCUCUCCAUCGUCUACAAGGGAUCUCCAUCUCUCGGUCUCGCCAAGAAACCCAAGUGGUAUAUCGUUUCCGUCACUUUGGGUACAGGUUUUGGUGUCUGCCUACUCUCCGCCCUUUUCUUCGUCCCCUUUGUUCACGCCAAGGUCAUCAAGAAGGACUACACUUUGAGAUGGUACCACGUCUUCCUUGGUCCAGCUCUCUUCUCACGACCUGCUCCUCCCGAUGCUGACAAAGCCGUGGUACCCAACUAUGCCGUUGUUCAAGAAGAUGAGGAGGAAGAGAAGAGAAACUAUGAAAAUCCUGAAACCAAAGUAGACAUUGGAUCUCCAGCUAUGACCCCUGCUACCCCAUUUACCCUUAACAAAGGCGGCGAUCAAACUUCAAGUGAAUCUCAACAACCUUCAUACAAGGAACUCAUGGCUCAAUCCGAAGCUCGGUUCCACGCCAGACUCAGAGAACACCGAGGACCCCUCGGAUGGGCUAUGCGAACUCUCCAUGAAAACCCCAUGGGAGCCGGUCAAAUCUACGAAGUGAAGAACAUGAAGAUCCUUGCUAAGCGAAUCCCAGCUAUGAUUGUUUGUGGUGCAUUGUACGGUGUUAAUUACGAUAUUCACGCUGCUCAAUCAGGUGUCCAUGGUACUCCAGAAGGUGAACGAAUGGCUGCCGUAUACGCUCACGCUCCUAAAUACCCCAACGAAGUGGAACACACCUACUCUUUCAUCCAAGUUCUCACUGCUUGUACUGCCUCUUUCGCACAUGGUGCCAACGAUAUCGGUAACUCUGUCGGUCCAUGGGCCGUCAUCUACUCCGCUUGGAACACUGGGGAUGCCGCCGGGUCGAAACUUCCCGUACCAGUUUGGCAACUCGCUGUUCUUUCCGGUAUGAUCUCGAUCGGUCUCAUCACUUACGGUUACAACAUCAUGAAGGUUAUGGGUAAUAAGAUCACCUACCACUCUCCCUCCAGAGGAUGUUCGAUGGAGAUGGGUGCUGCUCUCACUGUGCUCAUCUUCUCUCAAUACUCCCUUCCCGUAUCUACCUCGAUGUGUAUCACUGGUGCUACCGUCGGUGUGGGAUUGUGUAACGGUACUUGGAGAGCAGUCAACUGGCAACGAGUAGGCUUAUUGCUAUUGGCUUGGAUCUUGACUAUCCCUAUUGCUGGUACAUUAGGUGGUUGUUUGAUGGGUAUCCUCCUCAAUACCCCUCAUUUCAGCUAA